AUGUUGUGUAUCCACAAUGGCUCGGGGGGUGAUGAGAUCAGUGAGGUGGCAGGUGUGGAGCGCAUGGUCUCUAGUGGAAAAAGUCUAGCUGAUGCCAGCUGCGGAGGAGACAGCCGCCGUGCCAUGCCACUGUGCCGUAGUAUGCCGCUGUGCCCUGAAAAUCAGCAGAUGGAUAAGUCACACUACGGGGCCAUGGAAGCGUGUCACCAAACAGCAGGAAGUCUGACUGUCUCUGAGAAACUUAACAUAACUUUAAGUGAGCAUUCCACACCCCAUUUAUCCCCCCCGCUUUCACAGCUAUGUCCUCUUAUACGUGUUCCUCUCUCUGUCCUCUCUCCAGGCUGCAGGCUGGAAUUCCUGCUGGUUCUCUGUGGUUUGGAGCUUUCUUGGUCCUGCCCACACCACUGUAUCUGCUACACCGCGCCCAGUACUGUCAGCUGCCAGGCACACAACUUCCUGUCCGUCCCCGAAGGCAUUCCCCCGCACAGCGAGCGCAUCUUCCUGCAGAACAACAAGAUCCACCGGCUGCUGCAGGGCCAUUUCAGUCCCACCACAGUCACACUGUGGAUCUACUCCAACAACAUCACCUACAUCGAGCCCUCCACCUUCCACGGCUUCGCCCAGCUGGAGGAGCUGGACCUGGGGGACAACCGUCACCUGCGUUCCCUGGCUGCAGACACCUUCCAUGGGCUGGGCCGGCUCCAUGCUCUGCACCUGUACCGCUGUGGGCUCAGUGCGCUGCCCAGUAACAUCUUCCAGGGGCUACGCAACCUGCAGUAUCUCUACCUACAGGAUAAUCACCUGGAGUUCCUGCAGGAUGACAUCUUUGUGGACCUCCACAACCUGAGCCACCUGUUCCUGCAUGGGAACCGUCUGUGGUCGCUGCACCAGAACACCUUCCGGGGGCUGGGGGCCCUGGACCGCCUGCUGCUGCACCACAACCAGCUGCAGUGGGUGGACCGCCUGGCCUUCCACGACCUGCGUCGCCUCACCACCCUCUACCUGUUCAACAACUCACUGACCGAGCUGUCUGGAGACUGCCUGGCACUGCUGCCUGCCUUGGAGUACCUGCGCCUCAACGACAACCCCUGGGAGUGUGAUUGCAAGGCCCUGUCGCUGUGGGACUGGCUCAAACGCUUCAGAGGUUCUACUUCGUCCGUAGGCUGUCAGGCCCCGGCCGAGCUGGCUGGGAAGGACCUCAAGCAGCUCCGCAAGGAGGACUUCCCCAACUGCUCUGGCUCUGAGUCCCUACACCAGAGCAAGACCUGGGCCGGGACUGAUAAGGUGUCUCUGAAGAAGGAGCCACACCCGGUGCCACCGCCUCACUCCCACCCCCACAGCCCUCACCACGAGGCGCCAUACUACCCCUCGCCGCCUUCGCCUCUGCCCCAUCCGCCCCCGUCCAUAAGCGGGGAGGCCCCGGGAUCAGAGGGACAGCCUGGGGUGGCGCCCCCUCAGAGGCCAGGCCGUGCUCGGAACUGCACCCGCCAGCGUGUCAGGGGAGGCAAGGGGAAGGGGCAGAACGAGGUGCAUACCUUAAAGGAGAUGGCCGAUAAAGAAUAUUCCUUGCCUGAUUUUGAAGGGGGCAAAUAUGACCACACGUCCCCGGAUGGCACCAUCACGCGGAGGAAGCAUAAGUGCCCUCCCCGGACCACUGUUCGCCCCCCUAGUGGGGUGCAACAAGCCACCAAUAGGGCCAUGUUCUCCCAGCCCUUAGUGCAUCUCAGCACCAUACUGGGAGCUUUGUUGCCCGUGACCAUUGUCCAUAUUCUCCGCUGACCUAGAGGGGGGGAAUAGAUACUGGCUAAACAACAACAGUGCAGUCCUCAGACUUGCUCUAGCUCCUGCACAACAAGGCCUGUGUGUGUGUGUGUGUACUUUGUGUGUAUGUGGUUGUGUGUGUAAAACAUUGUGUAGGGAGCUUCACUGUUUAGACUCAAAUAGACUUUCAAUCAUCAACAUAAAAUGUGAAAAGACUCACGAUGCUGUGUGAGGGACGGGGAUGUGUGAGGGACGGGGAUGUGUGAGGGACAGGGAGUGAGGAAAGACAAAAGGAAAACAGAACACGCUUGCACUGCCACUGUUGCCAUUAUGUUGUCAUUUCCUGUUGUCUUGGCCUCUCUGUCUGAGUUCUGUCUUCGACUACUGGAGUGCAGGUAACCAAACUUUUUGGGAAAAGAGACGUUGCAAAUGCAGAAAUGUAGCUAUGAGACAGAUAGACUCGAAGGAAAAAGUGUUGGAGACUUUAAUUAUCAGUUCACAGUUUAUAAAUCCUUAUUGAGGGGCGAAAUAGAAAACAGAUGACGUGGUGAAAGAAACCAUCACAGAGAAGUCUAGCCCAAUCUUGUGUUUCAUAUUAUUUGCCAAAUGUUUUUUUAUGACAUUAAUUGCCAAUAGCUGCUCCAUAGAAUUGGGCCGCCGAGGUAUUCGAGGGUAUUGCUCAUCAACAGGGAGAUAUGCAGGAAGCUGCCCGCUCAUAAAUCAUCAUUCCAUAUCAGAAAAGCAAUGUGCAACGCUCACUUCUUAGCAGAAGUAAUGGAACACUAUAGAAACAGCAAUUGAAAGAGCAGCACACAAACAGACCAGUCAGCUCCAGGUACAGUAUGAUAACUAGGUCACUUCUGCUCCAUGUCCAGGUAACAUUGACCCCGAGCUAGUUAUACAUCUUCUACCUACUUUACAGUAUUUCUACAUUAUUUACAUCCUGCUUUAUAAAUUCUGAAUGUCCUGCCUUUCUACCUGCUCCAGGUCAUUUUCUACAUGUGCUACUACGUUUUAAGCUAAUGUACCCAAGCUGCUAAUUAUCUGUAUGGAGGUGAGUGGGACUGUGGUCCACUCCCAUCUCCUUCAAAACCAGUGUGUGUCCCCCACGAGAAGGAAGCUGUGAAUAUUGAUGGAUCUGUCUAUUUCUUGUCUCAAAUGUUGUUUGUUUGAUUUUGCCAAGACGUAAAGAGGACCUAGAGAUGGAGCCCUAUACAGGGUGCAGAGCCUUAGGGGUUAAGGGUCAGAUUGGCUAUUCUCAGUUUCCCAGUGAGGCUUUGGGCUUUGCUAAACAGAAUGCUCUUUAGUGUGGGCAUCCCUUCCUCAUUGGAAUGUGAGGAACAUUUAUAUAUUGUCCUAAUCAAUGGACAUCAAAGGAAAACAACUGCCCAACAAGACUAGAGAAGAAACAAAAACAAUAUGUGUACCUUAAAUGACUUCUGUAAUGAAUAAAAGAUUAUACGAAUAAAAACAUUUUGAAUCGAGCAUGGCAAAACUUGGACCUCUCUCUUGGAAAUAAUAUAACUGCUAAAAUGUCUCCCUCUACAAUGACUGCUGUUCUUGUCAAUGGAUGUGGGGGAACCAAGAGAAAGACAAUCACUUCUAAAGUAGCAGGGAAUUAACAGGACGAUGGACAGACAGACAGACAGACUACUGCUGGACUGCUAUCCCUCUGGACUACUGGAGCUUUUGUGCCUCGGGAAAAUGAAACGCUAAGUUGACGAUGCUCGUAAUAACAAUGAUGUGAACUGUACCAUUAACAAUGACAACAGGAGGACUAACUAACUGCAGUUCUAAUAUUAAUAAUUUAUUAUGAGAAUAACAAUAUUAAUGACAUCGUCAGAAAUGAAAACAGGGUUUCUGCUCCCCUGAUGAGGGGACAAUCUUUCUUUAAAUUCCUUUACCAUUACAUUGUUUUGUUUGUUUACUAAAAAGAAAACAUUUUACUUCCUUUUUUUGUUACAUCCUCUCAACCUCUUUAUCUGAUAAAACAAUGCACAAUUC